ACCCGCUCUUGUCUUUGGCGGUACAGAUUUCGAACUCGUUUCCUGGUCUUCGCCUCUCGACAGCGACGGCAGAUGACGUCCUUCUUUUUAUGUUUAUUUUGUUUUGUUAUUUGUGCGCGUUUGAGUUCUAAUGUCGAAAUUUGUCGACAUGUACUUCGGAGCCACGAAGUGGAGCGACGGUUUAUCGUGUCAGGUGUGCCUCUCCAAAUGCAAAAUAUUUGCAGAGUUCAAGCGCCACAUAUCCUCAAAAGGGCACCAAAAGAAAAUGGCAGAAGUGUUUGAGACAGAGGGCCACUCAUUUUCCGGCAAGCUCCCCCACAUCAUUGUUAUGGACAGGGCUAUCCAAAAGACCAUACACCAGCCCCUUUUAGGAUUGCAACUCCUGACCGUCUGUUUCAGUCAAGGAGUAGCAAACGUUGUGUACCUGUGCCACAUCUGCCAGGAAACCGUGCUCCACCACAAGAUAUUAGAGCACCUCAAAUCCGGUGGCCACGAAUUCACCUACUACAGCUACCCGGAUGCAAAUAUGCUGGAAAUCUCCUGGAUUCCCAGCGAAGAAGUGAGGGUUAAUCCGGGAAUGCGAAAAAUGUUGGAGCAUUCGAACAUCAGCGGGGUUGGACCACUCAAGAUGCUAAAUUUGCCGUACAGGCUGAUAUCCAACUUCGAGAAGUAUAGCUACUUCGAAGUGAUGGACGCGCUCGCUCUGUACGAGAAGCUUCCCACGCUACUCAAAGAUGUUAAGCCGAAGAAAGUCCCGGUUCAUGAGCAGCAAGAAGAUUCCCGAAAGAACUUUCUCCCUCUGGAUCCUUCCGAGAAGUCGUACAAAAUACACUGUCAGAACUGCAAACUCCCGUUGGACACACCGCAGCAGUAUUUCGAGCAUGUGAAAAACAAGAAGCACAAAAUGAGGGUGAAGAUCCUCUACGUUCACAGCAGCGGCCAGUCGGCGUGUGCCGCGGCAGAAACGCAAGAGCGCGGCGGCCACGAAAGUCAGACGCCGGAGCAGCUUUUGUUCGACGAGCUGGACAAGCGCUCGGUGCCAGGCGCGUCCAUGUUGGUGCUCUGCUACAGCUCGGAGGCCAUUUCGGAAGCCGUUUGCUUCUGCUGCGCUUGCCAGGAUGCUUUUUCCAGGCCGCUGCUGAUCAAACACUUGACGUCGCACAAGCACCUCCUGCAGACACUGUUGUAUCUAAAUCCCUGGCGACUGCCGUUUGGUUGGCGAGAAGUUCCGGAACGAGAUUUCUUGGAGGCCAAGGUGGAGGCGGAAGAGAAAGAACGAGGGUGGACGCGGGUGGUCCUUAAGGUGAUGGAUUUGCCCGCCUCAGUGCUGCGUAGCAUCAUUCCGCCGAGCUACCAGAAAGUGCUAGACGGACUCGUGCCUCACCUUGUCGUCUUAAAGUGGAACGUACCGCCGUGCCAGACCUUCAGCCAACUCCGAGAACACAAGGCUUUCCCGCUUCUGGGGCGCAAUUUCAUGGUGUCGCACGAGGCCCCCGACUCCGCGGCCCCCGACUCCGUGCUGUGCCUGCUGUGCGGGAGGCGGCUGACUCACCGGGAAGGCUACGCUCACGCUUUCAGUUGGGAGCACGUCUCCACAUUUCUUGAACGAUUCCAUCCCGGCUCGUUGACCCCCCUCAGUGAUGCAAAGGAAUUGUUGGACCUGGCAACCCAAGCUGCAGAUAUUCACAGCGUCUCUCAUAUACAGAAAAUUAAGUUGGAAAGGCCCAUUGAGGAACCCUGCGAUUACGUCAAAGUGAAACUAAUGCUGAAUGCAGCUAAGAGGAACAGCAAAAGUUCUCUCAUGCCCCUCGUCCUACCUCAAGCACCGUUGGUUCCCAAGCAAACUGUGACACCAGGGAACAGCAUGAAGAGCAAGAUAGCGGCGUCCCCUUCAAGAAAGGCUAUUCAAAACCCUGCGAACAGUUGUUGGACCCCCGUCACAAAAAACACAGCGGACGAGACAGGACAGCAAAGGAGCGGCCAUGUCAGGAUGUCCACAAAUGAGGAACGUGAGCGGAAGAGGCCGAGCGCAACGCUGGAUGACAAGACGGGCUAUAAAAGACAAAGGAGCUCCGGAGAGAUUGCGCCACAUGAAGAAAAGCCAAAGAUGAAAUACAAGAGUUGUGAACAAAAGGAGACCGCGACCGCCUCAGGAUCGAAUACAGCCAAGGCUACAGUACCUGUGGCUGGCAGCACCGAAACCUCCCCAAAACCAAGCACUCUCUGCACAAGUGUUGCAAGAUCUAAAUUCACCGGAAUAAAGUCGACGGACUCUACUACCAGUUGUGCUACAAAGCCCAGGAUGGCGACAACCUCCAUCCCCAGUGUGCCUUUAGCCACCCAGUCCGUACCACCUCCCAGCAGAUCUGCUACAAAAUCCAGUAGAGCGACAGCAACCACAGAAAUGUCCUGUGGUGCAAGUGCAACCGCCACCAAGUCCACGGUAUCUACUUCCAGUAGCACAAAAUCCUGCGUUACAACUGCCGCCUCCGGUGCACCGCCAUUCCCAGGCAAGUCUAUGACACCCCCUGCCAGUACUGCACAAUCCUGUAGAGUAACAGAAACCUACUCGAGUGUGACAUCAACCAGCACAAAGUCUACGGCAUCUACUGCCAGUAGCACAAAAGCCUGUAGAGUCCUAGCAAUGUCCGCCAGCGCGACUUCAACAGCAUCUCAGACCGGUUGUACUACAUCAUCCUCAAGGGUUACUGCAACUGCACUCAUCCACGGCGCCACCGCCGCCAAGUCGAUCACACCUGUCGCAGGUUUUGCAGGCCCUACUUCCAAGUUGACAGAAACCAUCUCUCAGCCCAAAAUGUCUUUCAGGGUGGGGCACAAAGCAUCCAAAGAGAGAACUGAACGAGAGAGACAUUCUAACACAAUGUCCUGGAGAAACCCGGCGCACGCAUCGAAAACAUCGGGCCCGUCUGAUGGUGGGGUAGCAACUGCAGCAGUGGCAGCACUUAAAUCCAGAAAAUCUGGAUCCUCUUCCAACAAAGCAAAUAACGCACGGGGGCCCCAUGACGACGCAGAACCACGGGUCACGGAUCGGCCUCCCGAUGUCAGACACGCAACCGCGACAGCCAAGCAAUCGUAUAGCAGAGCCAAGCCGACGUUUUCCAAAGUUGGCCUAAGCUUUAUAGUCGCAGUUAACAGUGACGGGCGGAAGCAGUCCUACUGCACCCUGUGCCGAAUAAGAUUGGAAUGCUCCAGCCACCCUACGGAAAACAUUCACCUACACAACUACGUGAAACGGAGGUUCCCCGAAUUGAAUGACGAGCAGUUGAUACGCAUCAACAGAGAGAAGUUUGCUUUUAGCAUGACCGAGGUGGAGAAGUGUUUGGGACUUCGGAACAUCCAGACAAUAGAAGUGAGUAACGAUGAGUACAAGGUGCUCUCUGAUCUUCCGGAAGCCCAAGCUUUACAGAGACUGGAGACUCACUUCUUGGUUUUAUCCAACACUUGGGUGCCUUUAGGACAUGGUUCCCCCACCUCCCUGCAAGGACUAUCAAGCCUGGAAGGUGCAUUUGAUACAGGGACCCAUGAGAGAACCGCCGCCGAACCAGAGGCCACUGUUCACAGUAUUGAUAGAUACAAAUGUGGCAAAGAGACAGGCAAGCGGCGGGAGAUUGACGAUGACGCUUCAAAGUCUGCAGAGGAGAAUUUGGAUGGUUUUGAAGAGCCCUUAACGUCAGUAUCAUUUGGCCCAUACCCCCAAAUUGACGAUCCAGGUUUAAGGGAUUCUCCGAAGAGUCUGGAAGGCUCUGAUGUGGCCUCAGCUUCACUCUUGUUGGGACCAGAGCUAAAGCUUGGUGGUCCAGGUUCACAGGACAAUAAGGAAAAUUUGUCAGGCUUCAAGGAGACGUCAUUGGGCCCAGAGCCACUGUUUGAUGACCCACCCUUAACUGAUGUUGAGGUGAAUCUGGAAGUGUCCGACUGCCCCUCACCUUCAGAGCUGUUGGGACCUGAGCCACAGUUUGGUAAUCCACCUUUAAAGCAAGAUGAUGAAGGUCUGGAAGGCUGCCAUGAUAGGUUCUCGCCUUUGUUGCCGUUGGGACCUGACCUACGUCCCGCAUCGGCGAACGCAGGACCACAGAGUUCGUGUGUAAGUAGCACGAAUGAAGGAUGGUCCAGUCUGCACAAUGUGCCAACAGAUGCAAGCUCAAACUGCGGGCAUAGUACUUCCCAGGCUACCAUCCUUUCUGGAAGCACAAGUAACCUGGCCACCUUUUUAUGGGUGAAGGGAUCCUCCAACAACCCAGUCAUAGGUCUCGUGACCGUGUACGAGUGCCGCGGCACACCUGGAAACGUGUUCUACUUGUGUAAGAGCUGCAGCCAGAAACUCAUUCUCGGUGAGAUCUGCCAGCACGUGAUUAGUGUGACUCAUCGACUCGCGUACAUGUUGAGAGCAUAUCCUCAAUAUAUGGAUGCAUUUUGGUACGAGGAGGACAUUGGAGAGGAGAUGAAACUGGAACUCCUCAAUGACGUCGCGAUUUAUGUCGCAGCGCAAGAGCGGUCCAAAAAGAUGGACGCAAAGGUUAUCGACCUCCCUCAAGACUUGUACGAGUACAUGUGGAACGCUCCGUUUGGAGAAGCCCUCAGUUUUCUGCAGAGUGCCAUCAGACAACCUGUCGUCGCAUCGCAACAAACUGCAAACCAAACAUCUGAGAAGCAGACUGGACGUGAGAUGGAUUUGCGUGUGGACUCAAAUGCUGAUUCUGUUCCUUUUACCUCUUCAGCUAGAACAAACCUCAGUCCACAAGAGAGUCUUAGAAGCUCUCAUAUUCCACCAGAACUCCCCGUGUCGGACGUUUUCUCCAAGACACCGCCUGCUGUCCAAGUGAAAGAUGAGCUGAUACCCUCAGAAUGCAAUCCUCUUCAAAAGUUUGUUUCUGGCACCAAGACUUCCCCUGUUUUUCAAGUGAAGAGUGAACCGCUCUUGGAGUCCAAACCUCCUAAAAGUCCUGGUCCCACCUGUGAGGAGCAGCCUAGUUUACAAGUGAAGGCUGAGCUAAUGGCUCAAGAGUCUGUUACCGCGAAAGAAAUUUCUGAGAAACAGCCCAGUUCUCAAAUCAAGGCUGAAAUUAAGCCUACCAAGUCUGGAUUUGGUGCAACUGCUGUCAAGCCCAAUUUUCAAGUCAAGGUUGAGCGGGUGCUUCCGGAAACUGCUUGCACCAAUUCUGAGGAGCCCCUUAUAAAAGCUGAAUUCUUGCCACAAAGGUCUCCUGAAACUUGUAGUACCAUUUCUGAGCCGCAGGCCAGUUGUCACGUGAAGGCUGAACUAAUGCUACAACAGUCUGGAUCUCCUGAAGUUGAUGAUCCCAUUGCUAAAGGGAUGCCUAAUUUUCAAGUGAAGGCCGAACUAAUGCCAGAAGCAUCUCCUGAAACUCCUGGUCCAAUUCUUGAGGAGCAGGCUACUUUUAAAGUAAACACUGAACUACGGCUGCAAAAUUACAGCACUCCUGAAACAAUUCUAAAGAAGGAGCCGGGUUAUCAAGUGAACGCUAAAUCAACAUUUUUGGAAUCCAGUUCUCCUGUGACUGCAGAUAUGUUGAAAACUCCACCGAUUUGUCAGGUGAAAGAUGAAGUGGUUCUCUUGAGUUGCGGAUCUCCUAUAACGGCAGGUCCGGGCUCAGAGACAUUGCCUGGUUCUAAAGUCAAAGAUGAAACUGGGUUAAGUAAUGUUUCGAUCUCAAAGAGUCAACAAAGUUCUCAAAUGAACAAUGACCUGAUGCGCUCGGAUUGCAGAACGCUUGUAACUGCUACUCCAGUCACAAAGAAGUCCUCUACUUUUCAGGACUCUGAAGGUUUUGCUCAUGUAACAACAAGUUCAACAAUACGUCAAGAUGAAUACAUUCCCACCAGAAAAAGAGAAUCUCUUCAGUCUCUGGACGAACUAAUCAGGAUUUGCAUCAGUAAAACCCAGCUCUGUGAUGCUCCACCGGCUAAAUGGAGACGCAAGUCAUUGGAGGCCAAUUUGGCCAAGUCUCCUAAUGUUCACCCUCCACUGACCCCAGGGGAACCGGCUCUUGUUGACCAAGGUGCUUCAGGGGUGGAGAACAGAAACCCUGAAGGGAAUUUCUCUUCUCAGGCAGAGGAUGGUAUUGCUGUCAUCACUAGCAACCCAGCAGCUCAAGUGUCCCACUUGUCGUCCGUGCAACCCAUCACCACAAUUGUGACGAGAAAGAGUCGUCAGAAUUUGAAGAAUUGCAAAAUGGCUCCAUCCAAAACACCAGGGACCCGACCUGUCGCCCCACCUCCUCAUUUAUCAAGUAGCUCACUCCAAGACAGGUUUUUGAUGGAAGAUAAGUCCACCAACACCACCAUCUCCCGUGACCCUGAGUGCCAGGACCGCUCUGAGGUCAAAUCGGAGCUGGUUGACAUUUGUGUGAGUUCCGGUCCGGACGGGGUAGCAGUGCCUCGAGCCAACGCAUAUGCCUCACCGUUUUCAGCAAAUAGUAUACAGAACUGCAAAUUAGACAGAGAGACUGAGAUUACGCUCAAUGGUGCCCAGUCAGGUCCUGGUGAGGCUCAGCUUUCCGAUCCAAAUGAUUCCGCCGGCUUUGGGAAUCGCAUCCCUUGUGUCACAAAUAUGUAUUCAAGGUAUGCUCACGCUUUGCCAGCGGCGGGGCAGAGCACACCAAGUAGUUUACAGACUGUGAAGGAAAAUGGAGGCCAGUCUUACCCUGUCCAGUUUUACCUCCAGCAGACUGCAAACAAUUUCAUUGUGCCUUUUUCUGGACACCACCAAACGGUGACUGGUUUGGCGAACCAGCAAACUCAGCAGUGGGUACCGCAGCAGCAGUACCCUAGCACGUGGCUUCAAGCUGCUAGAAAUGUGACCAACGGCGCCACGUACUUGUAUACUUUUCCCGUCGCUGCCGCAGCCUACUCGGGCCGUCCCGUCACGCUAGUUCCUGUUAGCAGCCAAGGAGACUGCAUCGUUUCCCAGCCCAGUUAUAGCACAUUGAGGCCGCUGCAGUCGUCACAAAAGAAAUAAGGAGCUUCUUUAUAAAAAAAAAAAAGACCCGGUUUGCGCUGGACUAUUUCAAAAUUUGUUUGGAGUGUUCACGCCAAAGGUUUCCUGUACCAUUUGUAUUCUUGUGUAUAUUUUAUUUUACAUGGCCGUGUUUAUGCCAAUGACAUAAUGUGACUCCUGUCUUGUUACAUUUGUUUUGUCUGUGUGGAAUUGUUGCAAAAUAAAUGGCAGGAUUCUCUA